GUUCCUCAAGAAAAAAACAGUCCAGUUGCUUUUGAAGAAAAAAAGCAUCUUUGAGACAGCUAAAAAAUUAUAAUAGAUGGCUCAGGCCAACAGAAAACACUGCGUAUGAUCAUCCAGGAAGGUCUGAUUCUGUUUUAAACACCAUGAGAGGGGCAGGAUUCUGAUGCCUAAUGCUAUGGAGAAGACUUAAUCAAAUGCCUCUUAACAGCAGAAAACAAAUAAGGCAAUGCCUACUGUCGUGGUAGUUGGAUAGCAAUAAGUAUCCUAUCACAGGGUGUCCCAAAUUUUGCAGUACUAUGAAUCCCUGAAAUGAAAAAUAAAUGUGUCCAUUGCCUUAUGAAUAAAGCUAAUUAUUGGGGUUAGGGUUAUGAAAUACGUUGUUUAUUAAAAGAUACGUAACUGUCAUCAUACUUAGGCUUCCAAUAGAUUGGUUCUCUUAUUGUCCUUCCCCCCCCCUCAAAAAAUUUUCUAUUUUGAAUCACACACAUUUGAAGAAAGAAAGCAUAGAGUAAUAUCCCCAAAUUUGCUUUCUUGCCAUACCAUAGUCGGCAAAGUUAUUGUUUUUUUUUUUAAAUCUAGAAGUGAAACUUGAAUCCAGUGGCACCAUGAAACUAUGGCCCUAUUGAACAUUACCUAUUUUAUGCUGGUCUCAUUCACAUAGUUACAUACACAGAAUUCUGUUCCAUUUCAGGUUAAACAACAUGCAGUAAAAAAAAAAAAGCGCAAUAGUCAGCAAAAUAAUAGAUAAAAAUCCCGUUAUGCUGGCUUCCUCGUGCUACAAAAUGUCCCUACAUCAAUUCAUUAAUUGCCUAUUAGGUCAUUUAUGACAAUCACAGCAUCCUGUGCUCAUUUGAUUAUCAUUUGUGAUCUUCCUAAACAGCUUCUAACAAGCAAAGUCAAUAGAGGAGCCAGAAGGAGAUUGCAAGUCACAGUCACAUGAUGUUUCACUUAAUAACUCUGAGUGAUUUUCUUAAUGGCUACAACUAGGAUUGUCAUUAGUAAUAUUUCUUAAGCAGAAAUGAAGAAUAAAAAGCAAUCUGUUCAAAAUGCAGAAGAUGACAAACAUGAGGCUACAAAAGGUGAAGAGAAUGAAGAAAACAGUUCUUGCUCCACUGACUUUUUAUCUAAUGAAGAUGCUCGCUGCCCAAUUUGUCUAAAUUGUUUGGUAGAGCAGGAAGUUGGCUUUCCUGAAAAUUGCAAUCACAUCUUCUGCUUGACCUGCAUUCUUAAAUGGGCUGAAAUAAGGGCUUCGUGCCCAGUGGACCGCAAACAGUUCAAGGUUGUAUAUAAACUAAAUACUUCAGAAGAUUCUGUAAAGGUUGAAAUAAAGCAACAAAUAUGCAAAAAAGAUGACAUCAUCAGUUGUAAUAAGGGCAAGAAUUGCCCUAUAACUAUGAAAACUUGCAAAAGAAAACAGGAAAAUGCUGGCAUACAUUUUUUACCAAUACUCUAUAAAAGCUGGAACCCAAACUACAAUCCUUCAAACAAGGAAGAAGUUACAAAUUCAGUAAAGAAAAAUAAGCCUAAAAGACAGACCUGCUUGAACAGAUUCUUCAAAAGUAACUGGUAUAAUAAAUUUUCUUCUAAUAGUAGUUUCUCUGAUGUAUCUCCUAAUUAUCAAAAUGAAAGUAUAGAGAUCAACAAAAUUGACGCAGUUAUCAGACACAAGAGAAGAGAAUUGGAACUGUCUUGUUCUGUAUUAGCAAGAGUGGCAAGAAUUUCUUCCAUAUCUUCUGAAGCAGAAAUAGCAACUUGUCUUGUUCUAGAAACAUUUUUUUCAAUAAGUACUUCACCUUUGGAAAACUUUGGAUCUUCUAAAUCAGGACAUGUUGUUACAUGUGUCCAUGAAGGAGAAGAAAAAAAACAGACUUCCGGUACUACUGGCACAAGAGGAACAAAAAGGAAGGUUUCAGAUACUACUCCCAGAAGACGAUCUGCCCGAAAUAUUAAAACAGAAACUUCAUAUCAGUCUCAGAGCUCACCAAAAUCCAGUAACUCUGGAUAUGAGGCCAGUGGUGAUGGUAGCUCAUUUGUGAAUGUUUCUUUUACAGAAUUGGAGAAAUUAACUCCCAAACGGAAAGCUAAAAGAAAUGUUAAACAGCAGGAACCUUUGGCUAAAAAGAAACUAAGAAAUUCUGGGUGUUAUGGAAAAACAACUAGUGAUAUAGAUUUUGAUGAACCUGAUGAGACAGAGAUAAGCUUGCUAUUAGACAAAGGCAAUUUAGCAGACAGUGAAAAUAGCACCUUUGACCUUACUCACAAAAAUGAUGUUGACACUGAGUCUUCUAAUGGUUUAGAAAACUCUUAUGUAGCAUAUAAGAAGGAACCUAAGGAACACUGCUGUGAAGGGCAAAAUACAUUAGAUGUCUUAGAGACUGGUUCAUAUGUUCAAGAUCCUCCUUCACUUGUCUUAGAAAAAACUGCUGGUUCUUGUGAUGAGGAGUAUUUGCUCACUCUAGAGGGAAACACUGAAAAAUAUAAAGAAAAAGUUGAUAUUGAAACUGAAAACAAGUUACAUUAUAAAAACGCUGAGCAAGAUCAGCAUUUAAAUAUUUCUGGAGAACAAUUGUGUGAUGAUAAUAUUACAUUUACUCAUCAGUCUCCAGAACUAAGUAUCCCCACCAUUGAAUUGCCAGCAAAAUUGGAAUCUCUGGCAGUAACACAUCAAAUAAUAGAAAGUCCAGAGAAAGAAUUAGGGAAAACUGAAUGCAUGUUAAUAGUAGGUGAUAUUUCAGCUGUUUCUAGACAUGAAUUGCUAGGAGGAACAGAAUCUAUGGCAGUAGCAGAUAAAUUAUUGACUGGUACUAAAAAUGAAUUACAGGAAAAACUAGAAUCUGAAGAAAUAGCAAAUAAACCAGUGUCUUGUCAUACAAAUGAAUUAAGAAAACCAGAAUCUUCAGCAAUAGAUGGAAUCCUGGAGAAACCCAUAAUUCAAUUCACAGAAGAAAUAGUCAAGGAGCCACUAGAUAAUAUCUCAAAUGAAAUACUGUUGCAUUCUUUAGGUGUGGAAGAUGUUGAAAUUGAAGAAAAAGAACCAAAUAUGUAUGUAAGCAAUGAAUAUCUAAAUAAUACUGACUUAUUAAUAAAUGUUUCCUCAGAAAAUAAACUUAAUCUAUCUUUUGAAAAUGAUAAACCAGAAACUGAAACUAAUACAUCAACCAAAAUAUGUACUGCAGAUAUUAAACAGUUUAACAAAGAUGACAGUGAGAUAGUAUCUAUAGAAUAUAAUUUAUUUAAUAUUGAUCAGAAUGCAUCUCAGCUUGACCAUCCAUUAGCAAAUGACAAUAUAGAGCAGAAAGCAAAUUUCUUACAAAAUGAUAGUAAACAUUCUGUAUCAUUUUCAAAUCCUGAUAAGAAAGAAGCAAAAGAAAGUUUCACAGAUAAAAAGACACGAACGAGAAGAUCACGGUUUCAUUCUCCAUCAACCACUUGGUCUCCGUCCAAGCGAGAAGGGAAAAGAUCUCAAUCCCCAUCUCCCAACAGGGAAAUUAUGGGGGAAGGUAGAACGUCUCGAUCUCCCAAAAGGGAUAUUUUCAAAGAAAGUCAGAGAUCUUUAUCCAAAUCUCCUAAAAGAAAUCCUAUAAUAUCUCCAUCCAGUUCUCCCAGAACAGAUAACCUGAAAGAAAAGAAACAGUCACUGCUAAGUUCUCCCAAAAAAGAUCAUUUAAGAGAAGGAAGGGAUUCUCCAACCAACUCUCCAAAAAAGGAUUCUAUCAAAGAUGGAAUAAGUUCCUCUUGGACACGAGCUAAGGAAUCGCCUCCAUGGCACAAAUGUAGAUCUCCCAGUAGUGACAGAGUUAAUGAUAAAAAUGAAUUUCGAAGAGAUAAUGAAAGAGGGAGAAGUAGGAGGAGAUGGUCACAGUCACGAUCAAGAUCUCGGUCCAGGUCCAGAUCUAGGCCAAGAAGUAAAGGACCUUCAUUCCCUAGAAAUGAGAGGGAUGGCUAUUCACCACCUCGAUGGAAGGAAAGAUGGACAAAUGAUAAUUGGAGAAGCCCCAGAGGAAGUGAUAAAUAUAAAAGAAAUGAACAGCAGAAACAAACAGACUGUAUGAAAAGUGAAAGAGAUAGUGUAAAUAAAGAGGCAGAUAUGCAGAGUUCUUCUGAUCAGUACAGAAAGGAUUAUCCAGACUGGGUGAUGGAAAGAAUAAAUUCAAUUCCAGAAACAAGGAAUAGAGAAAGAGAGAAUUUUAAAAAUCAACAAUGGGAAGAAAAUAGGCACAAUGAUUCAGGGGCUUCACGGAGUGGAAAUUAUGGAUCAGGUUGGAAUUCAAAUCGUGACAGAGGCAGCCGUGGCAGAGGCAGCCGUGGCAGGGGUGCUUUCACAUAUGGAGAGCAAACUGAAAGUCACUGGCAAAAUAGGAAAGCCCACUCAAGGAAUGCAAAUAGUUCUGGCAAUGAAACUUCUAGAUUUCCAGAACAUCACCCAUACAAACGUAAAGCAGAACAAGAUUUCACUUUUGAUACACCUGCUGAUAGAUCUGGAUGGACAUCUGCAUCAAGUUGGGCUAUAAGAAAGACUUUACCAGCUGAUGUACAGAAUUACUAUUCAAGAAGAGGCAGAAAUUCUUCAAGCCCACAGUCUAUAUGGGCAAAAGAAGAAGUAGCAUCUGAGCAAGAUCCAAACUUCAAAGACCAAACCAGCCAACAAAGUGAUGCCUCUCAGCUACCAGUAAAUGUGUUGCAACCUCAGAUGAAUGUAAUGACACCAAUAAAUACACAGCAUCAGCCAAUGAGUAUUUUCCCGUAUACAAUGGGUGUUCCUACUCCUAUUAUGAACAUUCAACACAAUCCAUUUAAUCUUCCACCAGUGCCCAUGCAUCUUCAUUCAGGACUGCCUCUUGUCCAGGUAGCAGCUUCAUCCAGUGUGACUCAGGGACCACCUCCACCGCCACCACCACCUCCUCCAUCUCAACAAGUUAAAUUCAUUGCUUCCCAACUUGAUGGACAGCAGUUGCAGGCUGCUCCAACUACUUCCCAUGUUGUUAACAGCAUGAAUACAACACACUUGUCUGCUCUGGUAACUGUGGAAUCUAUUCAAGGACCGAGUUCGGGUAACACAGCAUCAACAAAUAAUAUCAAAUCCUCAAAUGCGGCUGUAAAAUUGAUGGAGAAAAAAAUAAAUGUGACAGUGGAAGCCAGCGCAGAUAGUUCCAAAAAAGACCAGAAAUUAUUAAUUCAAGAAAAAGCUGCACAAGAAGUAAAACUUGCUAUCAAGCCUUUCUAUCAAAAUAAAGAUAUUUCUAAAGAAGAGUAUAAAGAGAUAGUUAGAAAAGCAGUAGAUAAGGUUUGUCAUAGCAAAAGUGGGGAAGUUAAUUCUGCAAAAGUAGCAAAUCUGGUAAAAGCUUAUGUGGACAAAUACAAACAUUCGCGAAAGAAAAAUCCAGAUGAAACGCUUUCUGUGGAAAGAAAAUAAAUCCAGAAUGAAAAAAUGCCAUCAGGAUGACUGCAAAGUGCAAUUUUGACUUGAACUUUUAAUUAGAAAUAGUGCUGAAAUCUGAUUUUGAUAAGAUUAUUUUUCAAUAUAGUGUAUAAUGUUUUCUUAUAAAUAAAUAUAGAUUAAUGCUUCAACUUUAUUCUUUUGCAAAAAAGCUAUGUAAAAAGAAAAUAAAAGGAAUAAAAGACACCACCCCCACUCCCACCAUUCCCAAUUAAUAAUACAGUUUGUUGAAUGCCACAUGUACAGCAUUUUUGAUUCACACAAUCUGAAAGAAUACAGAAUUUUGGGCAGGAUAGUAAAAGACUGGAGUAGAUUUUUCUUUGAUUUUCUUGCCACUCUUUUAAACCAUAGUAAAUGUUUUAAAAUUGUCUCAGUGUCUAUAUGUUGUCUUUUCAUUUCUCCUCUUGAGGAUUUGCGAGUGUUAAAUCCCAAUAUAGUUCUGAAAGGUGUAGUGUAGAUUUUAACCUAGUGCUUCACCUUUGGAGAACCAACCCGUUAAUAUAUUACACAAAAAACCCAAGACAAAGGGGUCACUCAGAAAGUUAAAGCAGAGCACUAUCACAGUUAUCAAUUCACAUUCUAUUUCAGAGGGUGAACUCUUUGCCUAUAUUGUUUAUAUAACUAAAGAUAAUAUUUAUCUUACAGGUUCAUUAGUGUGGAUAUUGUUUUUAUUUACAAUCAAGUGCUAUGUUUAGUCUCCUGAAAAGAGUUUUUGUUAGAGUAGCAUAUGUGCUAAUUUUCAGUAUAAACUGGCUGCUGACACUUUACAAAGUCUGUAGAAUGCAAUUUUGUUUAAACUCACAAUUUGCAUUUUAUAAUUACGUGUAUUUCUCAACCAUUUAAGAUGGGAUGGGAAUUGAUAGUAGAUAUAUUAUAUGUUGGUUUGGUGCAUGUGUGUUAUUUUCUCAAUGUUUCUGAAUUUAGGUCUACUUCAGAAAUUCAUGAAAUUUCUCAGACUUGUGUGCUCAUUCUUAAUUUUUCUUUGCUGAUAUAUCUCUUUUGUCUGUAUAAGAUAUAAUAUUCACAGAUCAGACUUUAAAAAUCUAUGUUUAACCAUGGAGUUAAUUUUCUUCUUGAUGCAAAAAUAAUAGGGAUCCAGUUCAGUGCUGAUAAGAGGAGGAAGAAGAUUCCUGUUGAGGUUGAGACAAUCUUCAUUAUUAUUGUUAUUACCGGUGAGAUGAUGGAUUAGGAAGUUUGCUUAAUGUUUUAUUCCCAUAUCUCUUCAGUAUAAUAGCAGCAGACUUGUAGCAAACCUUCACUGAAUUUCCAAACUGAAUUAAAAGUGAUAUUGACUAGCAUGCUGUUGGUUGGUUUCCUUAAAUAUUUUUUAAAAUUCCCUAAUAUGCAGCCUUUUAAUGAUGGUUCGGGCACACAUCACUGAAUUGAAAGAUGUUUGUUUGUUUGUGACUUGUGACAAGCCCUUCACCUGACAGUGAAUGGAGGUAAUUUGUAGUUGUUAUUUCAAGAUGCAUCUAUUUUUGGAUUAAAUACUGCAAGCAUAAGUCAGCAUGCUUUGCUUGAAGUAUUUCUGGGGCUGGUCACUUGGGGCAGUGAUUACAUCAAGCAUUUUUUUCCCUUUUCUGAUCAUUUUGUCAGUACUGAAAUGCUGAUUCUUGCUGGACAUCUUUAUGAAGUGUGUAUAUAUAUAUAUAUAUAUGACUGAAUUUAGCCAAUCUAUACUAUUUUUUUUAAUUAAAACAACAAUGGCCUUACCACAAAUAUACGGGGAAAGCUUGUAACCAAGCUUAAGAACAUUUCCUCAUUAUAAUAAGAUUUCAGUCCUACUCACAGAGAGAGGAAAUUCAAUUGGUUAAUUCAUUAGGGCACUGGAAUAUACAGGAUUAGUCCGAAUAGCCAAGUUAUUUUUAUAUUCCUGUGACUAUUGACUGAAAAAAUUAUUUCUUAGUAGUAUAUUGCAAGAAUUUCAGUAAUAACAAAACAAAUCCAACUGCUUUAAUUGCUAUUAAAAAAUAAUAAUUGAUAUUCCUUGAAAUUGUAUGGAGGGAGAGAUAAGUGGUGCACUGAUCACUCAUUCCAAUCUUCUGCUGUGCAUGUGGCUUAAAUGUUUUAUAAUUUUAAAUAUAGGAAAAUUAAAAUCAGGAUCACAGUGGCUGAUGUAACUCCAGACUCUGGUGUCUGUAGCAUAGGGCUGGAACAAAAUCUAUUGAAAACAAUAUUCUAAAGAGUUUUAUGUAGUUCAGAAUAUUUUCUAAUAAAUUCUUUUGACUAAG